CAGCCCAGGAAAACCCCGAGCGGCGCGGGGCAGCCCGGCGACCUAGGUCGCCCUCUUCGCGCUCCGGCAACGCGGCGGCGAAUGGAGCAGGAGCGCGCAGGCGCCUUCGCGUCUCCCCAUGGGGUGGCUUCGCUCAGGCCUCCUGCUCCCUGUGACCGGCCUGCUUCUGGUGUGGGCAGCGGGCUGUGGCAGCCUGAAGGUCCUGCGGAAGCCCACCUGCUUCUCAGAUUACCUCAGCCUCUCCACCUGCGAGUGGCAGCUGGACCAUGCUGUGGACUGCAGCGUUGCCCUGCGGCUGUCCUACAAGCUCCUGUUCAACCCGGAGCCCUACGAAGAAAAUCAUACCUGUGUCCCAGAGAACAGCGCUGAUGCAGCAUGCGUGUGUCACAUGAACAUGAUGCUCCUGGCCAUCGUGGACACCUACCAGCUGGACCUGUGGGCCGGGACGCAGCUGCUGUGGAGUCGCAACUUCACGCCCAGCCAGCACGUGAGACCCAGAGCCCCGGUGAACCUCUCCAUCAGCUCCAACGUCUCGAGUGGGUGGCUUCUGUCCUGGAGCAGCCAAUACCCGAGCGAGAACUUCCUGCAUACCAGGCUCACCCAUCAGGUCAAAGUGUCCAGCGAGAGCCAGCCAGAAAGCGAUAUAAUCUACAACGUGACCUACAAGGAAAGCAGGUUCCACCUCGAAGCCCGACAGCUUACCUCCGGGGCCUCCUACGUGGCCAGGGUGAGGGCCCUCGCUCAGCUCGACGGCAGCACCUGGAGUGAGUGGAGCCCCAGCGUCAAGUGGAAGAACUACUACGAGCAGCCCCUCGAGCAGCGCGUCAAGCUUGGCGUCAUCGUCACCUGCUUGGUCAUCACGCUCGUCUGCCUGUCCUGCUACUGCAGUGUCAGCAAGAUUAAGAAAGCAUGGUGGGACCAGAUUCCCAACCCAGCCUGCAGCCCUGUGGUGGCCAUUGUCAUUCAGAACCCCCAGGUGUCACCGUGGGAGAAGCGGCCCCGGAGCCAGGAGCCCCAGAAAUGCCCGCGCUGGAAGACGUGUCUAACCAAGCUCCUGCCCUGUUUGCUGGAGCACGGCGUGGAAAAGAAUGACGAUCUCCCGAAAGGUACCCGGAGUAGGCCUACCCCCGGCUCCACGAGGCCUGUGUGGUGCCCCGUGGAGGUCCGCAGGACGGUCCUCUUACCAGAAACCAUCAGCGUGGUGCGCUGUGUGGAGUUGCUUGAGGCUCCAGCAGAGGUGGAGGAGGAAGAGGAGGACAGAGGGGACAAGGAGGACUUGUGCACGUCCCUGGAGAGCUGCCAGGGCAGCUUCGCCAACGGCAGGGAGAGGAUCGCGGCCCGGCUGACCGAGAGCAUGAUCCUGGGCCUGCUGGGGGCUGAGGAUGGGGACUUUUGCCAGCCGAGCCCAGGGGGCCCCUGCCUUCCGCUGCGCCCCGGAAGCCCGAGUGCUCAGACGCCCUGGACCCUGUGUCCCACUCCCUGGGACAAGAAGCAGCCUUUGCCCCUGGUCAUCGAGGACAAUCCCGCCUACCGCAGCUUCAGCCACCUUCAGAGCCAGACCCCAAGUCCCGGGGAGCCGUCCCCCAAAGGCCAGUGGGCUGAGCGCCUGCAGGAAGGGGACCCCCCGAGCCCUGGCAGUCCCCAGCCCUCUGAGCCACCAACCUGGGAGCAGAUCCUGCGCCAGCAUGUCCUCCAGCAUGGGACCGCCGCAGCCCCCACUGGCUCCUCCUGCAGUGGCUACCGGGAGUUCGUGCAGGCCGUGAGGCAGGGUGGCCCCCCAGGCGAGGCUGGGUACAAGGCCUCCUUGAGCGCACACCCCGACAGUGAUACCUGGGCCCCGAUGGCAGGGCCCGGGGGCAGCAGUGCAGACGGGGCCUACAAACCCUUCCAGAGCCUCACCACCAGCUCCGCGGGGGACCUGUGCCCUGGUCCUGAGCCCCUCUUCACCUUUGGCCUAGAUGUGGGGCCGCCCCUUGGCCCCCAAGGUCCCCUCCCAAGCAGCCCCCCAGAGGGCCUCAGUCUGGGGCUAGAGGUCAGAGAGGGGGACAAGCAGAAGCCCCUACUGCCCCCACAGGAGGCCGUUGACCCUCACAGGGACGACCUGACCAGCGGCAUAGUCUACUCUGCCCUCACUUGCCACCUGUGUGGCCACCUGAAGCAGUGUCACAGCCAGGAGGAGGUGGGCCAGCCCCACAUUGUGACCAGCCCCUGCUGUGACUGCUGUUGUGGUGACGGGGCCUCACUCCCAGCGGUACCCCCGGGGGCUUUGCCCACCCCUGCUGAGCUUCUGCUGGAAGCCAGGCUUGACCCAGCCUCCCUGGCACCCAUGGGCAUCUCAGAGGAGGGUAAGUCCUCGCUGUCCUUCCAGCCUGCCCCCAGCAAUGUGCAGAGCCCAAGCCUGACCCCCAAAGUGGUGGGCCUGGUUACCACAGGGACCCUGAGUGUGAGGGACCCUAGCUAUAGGCCUUGCUGCUGAGGUCCGCCUGAGGACGCUGGGCCUGCCAGUGCCUCCCCCGAGAGGUGGCAGAUUCCCAAGGCCUGUGCAGUGCAGGAUGACCUCACCUGACACAGCUUGGGCCACACCCUGCGCUGGCCUGGGCUCACCCAAGGGCUCCAGGUGGCCCUCCCCCACCGGGGCACUUCAGGGAUGGGAGGUUUGCCUGCCUCACUGGGGUGUCCCAGCACCUGUCCCCACCCAGCGCACGUCUGGUCCACCCGGUCUCCUGUGUGCCUGGCAUUGGCUGUCCCCAUCUCAUCCAAUGGCAAGUUGAGCCCAGAAAGUAGCAGCCAGCAGAGGGGGUGUUGGGAGGCCUUGGCAGUGGACAGAAAGGGUCUCAGACGGCGCUUGGGGUGCAGAGGCCUCCGCCUGCUUUGUGUGGUGAUCUUGGAGCAGUGCUGGUGGCAGAGGAGCCAACGAAUGAAGUGUGAUUUCCAGAACAGGACAGUGACUUCCCCAUGGCUGACGGGUGGGGGCGCCCAGGAAGACCCUGAACACACAGACCCAGCUCCCUGUGGCCUCUCAGUGGACGCUGCUGUUGACAGCCAUAUAGAGACAGCAGGCAGCAGCGCGUGUCCCGUGGUACAGUGGUGCCGGGCCAGGCCCGCCCCAGACCCAAGGCCAAGGGUGCCUGGAAAUGUGGGUGGGGCAGGGUGCUUCCCGUGUCCCAGGACUGUGUCACAGCUUGCCUCUGCUGGGGAGAGUGGGACAGGACCCAGCUGGUGUUUUGUAUGCAUAAAAGUUCUUUUUAUUUUUUGCGUAUUAAACCUGGUGCCAGGCUGUUAAGUGGAAUCUUCACACCCAGAGGAACCAGGGCCCAAGAGGUUUGUGAACUGGUAUGUGAGGUCCCGGGGAAGUGGUUUCCAGGUUCGGGUGUUCACAGAACAAAGAACUGAACAGGACACGUAGAAGGAGUCACAGGAAUGAGGUUUAUUGAAAGCCGACAUGGUGUACACACCUGGAAUCCCAGCUUACAGAAGACCAAGGUGGGAAGAGCCCCGAGAGUUGGGGGCAGCCUGGGAUAUAAUACAAGAUGGUGCCUGAAAGAGAGAGAAAGAAGAGAAAAGAAAAGGUACACUCCACAGGCUGGCGAGGAGCGCUCCCAGCCAGGAGGUGCAGGUCCUGGGAUGACACGAGAGUCUAUGCUGAGGGGCCAUGGUAUCUUGACCUAAGGAGCACCCGACUCCGCCCACUGGCAAGAGAGGUCAAAACUACAACGCAGAGGAGGCUGGACACAGGCCAGGGCCAGACUUGCUUCUGCAAAGGCUCUGGGGGCCUUUGAGGAGACCCGGUGACCAUAAAGGCGUUUUGCUCGAUUCUUGACCCAAGGGUUCUUGCUUACCUGUCCUUGUCUCUAUCUCUACGUCACAUCGACGGAAGAAGUGAUCCCAGAGCCCCUGCCAAGGGUGGGGAACAAGUUAGGGAAGGGUAUCAAGCAAGACAGGUGUGUUACACACAGGUCACCAGCGUGGGUGACAGCCCUUUCGCGAAGUGCCGCCACGGAGGGCUCCGGGCACAUGUGCAGAGUUAGCCUGCCAAGAGGAGGGAGCCAGCUGGUCGGACUCGGUGCAGGUCUUUCCUUUCCAGGGAAAGAAUUCUCCAGCUGUUCCAGCUGCUUCGGAGGAGAACCUCUUCACGAAGUGCACACCCAGGAGAUGGGGCGUGGGGCCCCGCCAAGGCCCCACCGCAGGUCCUGGCAGGCCCGCAGCCAUGUGUGUGCCCCUGGCAGUGUCGUUGCUCAUACACAGCGUCCCAGGCAGAUCCGGGGAUGAGAUGGGCUCCAGGGGCAGGCAGGGGACCUCAAGGAUCUUCGCUGGAAUCAUCUACGAUGAAAAAAGUGGAGAUCUGAGAUGGCGGUGGGGCGGACAGCUCAGAGCGGCGCUGAGGAGGUGACGCUUAAGCGAGGAGAAGCGGAGAUGAACUGGAGGAGCAGCGCGCAGCGCUCCGGGUGCAGGGUGAGGCCUGGCCCUGCCUGAGGUCCAGGGACUUUGGCUCCAAGUGCAGAAGGAUCAGCUGCAGAGAAGGGAGCCAGGGACUGUGGUGCAAGUGGGGGAGAUAAAGUCGGGGCGCAAGGUGGCCGGAGUGAAGAGUCUCCCAUCAUUCUCCGGGUCUUAGGAUAUAGGCUGCAGAAGUGAGCGCAGCCCUCCGACCUUAACACAGCUCUAACUAGGAGGCACUGAAAAACUCAGGCCCGGAUGUGCUCCUUCCAAAGGGCUCCCUCUGCACCUUGCAGAGGAGGAGCACUAAUGUUCCCCCUGACAGCAGUGGCUGGCUGGUCAGGAUCCUGGUGGCUAUCUGUCACCCUGGACUCCCUCUUGCAGUGAGCUGGUUUCACCAUCUGAGGGCAAAGAGGGAUCACUCCAGGAUAUUCCUUGGAAUUUCCUUGGUCAUUUUACUUU